AUGGCUUCGUUUACCACCGAAGAAGGCGUGCAUACCACAGAAGAUGCGGCCAAGCUGUACACAAAGACUUGGAUGCCCACAGGCGAGGUGAAAGCGCGUCUUGUCUUCGUGCAUGGCUUCAGCGACCACUGCAACGCUUACGGCGUUCUCUUUCCUACACUCGCUUCCAAGGGCAUAAUCGUCUACUCAUUCGACCAGCGCGGCUGGGGCAUGUCUGUCAAGAACAUGUCCCAACGCGGUCUCACCGGCCAGACCUCGACCGUGCUUGGAGACAUUGCCUCGUUCAUAACCGCCCUGCCGAAACAUUCGGCGCCGCUCUUUCUCAUGGGCCACUCCAUGGGUGGUGCUCAAGUCCUGCACUUCGCGGCAACCGGCCCUCCAUCGGUGCUCCGCACAAUCCGUGGCUUCCUCGCCGAAUCUCCCUUCAUUGCGCUUGCUCCAGCGUCGCGCCCGUACAAGAUCACAGUGCUGCUAGGCCAGAUGGCAGCUAAGGUCGCUCCACACAAGCAGAUGGUGAAUAAACUGGACGAGAGACUGCUGAGCAGAGACCCGGAGGUACAAAGGGAGUACGUCGAAGACCAACUUUGUCACGACACGGGAACGCUAGAAGGUUUAGCUGGCAUGCUGGACCGCGCAGGAACGCUGGAAAGAGGAGAGGUGCGGUUGCUGGAAGGAGCGGGCGAGGGCGGAAAGACAAGGGUAUGGGUCGGUCACGGCACGGCAGACGGAGUGACAGAAUUCGGGCCGGUGAAAAAGAUAUUUGACGAGUGGAAGGUCCAGGACAAAGAGUUCAAGGUUUACGAAGGGUGGUUCCACAAGCUGCACGCGGAGCCGGGCGACGACAAAUACACAUUUGCAAACGACGUUGCCUCGUGGAUAUUGGCAAGAUCGGGGAACUUGAGCCAACUUCAAGAGGUAGGAACGAGGUCGAGACUUUAA